AUGAAAUUACAAGUCAAGGUAAUUCAGCGACGAGGAAACUUUAGUGGAGACCUACAGGACUUUAAUCAAGACUGGAAUAUCUACAAGCUUGGUUUCGGUCGUCUAGAGGAAGAGUUCUGGCUAGGCAACGAGAACAUUCACACACUUACCAAACAAGAAGAAUGUGUCCUUCGGAUUGAAUUGGAAGACUUUGACGGAAACCAACGAUGGGCAGAAUAUGUUAUUUUCCAGGUUUUUGGAGAAGAACAGCAAUAUCGGAUUUCUGUAGAUGGUUAUCGCGGCAAUGCCGGUGAUGCCUUGGCAGAUCGUUGGUAUGGAAUAAACCUGUUGCCAUUCUCCACCUUUGACAAGGACAAUGAUCGUUCUCCUCUUCACUGUGGGCAGUUGAUGCAGAAUGGAUGGUGGUGGCGGAGUUGUGGUAGAAGUCUGAAUGGUAAAUACUCCUCUAACCCUCGCAACAAGCACGCCAGUAAGGGUGUGGUUUGGUUCCGCUGGCGGGGAUGGUAUUAUUCCUUAAGGAAAGUAGAAAUGAAAAUCCGUCCUCAGUGGUUUUCCACUGCAUCUUCGCUAAUUUCCGAAACAGAGCGUUUAAAAAGGAGAUUUCGGUUCCCUAAAGCAAUGCCGUAA